AGGACGGAGAUUGCCAAGACCGAAAUCAGCUUUUCCCCUGUCGACAUUCCAAGACCACCAUGGCCACUGUGGAGCUUCCUCCGCGGACCCGAGGUGCGCAUGGCCGAGCGCUCCUGUUGCUAGUGGGCUUGGUGGUGCUAUUUCAGCUGAACAACUCCUUCAUCCAGCCUUCUUUGGGACGGACGUGUCGCAGGACGGACUCCCGCGUGGUGCGUUCAGCCGAGGAAGGCGAAGUUGAGGCUGCUGUGCUGGCAGCGGAGGCAGAGCCAGCUGAGGCCGAGGCCCACUAUUUGCCCCUGUUUCAGGAGCUGAAUGUCUCGAGCUCCACGGAUGCCCGGAAGCUGAUGGGAGCGAUGGUCGCGGUCUUCAACAAGGGAGAUCGAGCAGUGGACUUGGUUCUGACCAGCCCCUCCAACCGGAGCACCAUGAUGUACGCCAUUGGCGACGUGCCGAGCAACUUUGACUCGGCGGCACAGUUGCUGCUCCGUAAGCGCGAUCGGAGAAUGAGGGUGCGUGUGCUCAAGAACUUCCGACCUCCAGUAGAGGCCGAGCCCGAGGUCAUGAGGGUCUCCAGACAAACGAACUCCACCAAGCUGGGCAGUGCAAUCAUGAGCAAGUUCGUGGACAUCGUGGGGAACAACUUAAAGCGAAGCGUGAAGUUGGAGUUCCAAGGGGCGCAAACCGCUUCCAUCGCCUUGGAAGCGAUUGAGAAGGCGCAGCACAAAGCUCAUCGCGAGUUCACCUUCUUGCCGCGGAAGGUCUACAACCCGACAGGGGAGGCUGACCCCGUCCGAGGUGGUGUCAAGAUGGAGGUCCUAGUGGUGGCAGCCUGAGGCCGUUGCGGAUGCUGAUUCCCGGUGGCGGGGGAUCUGAUGCGAAUCCGAUGUGCACCGGUCAUCGCUGGUGUGAAGGGAAAAAGAGGAGACGAGUGUCGUCCUGUGACAUGGCGCACGAGCGAAGGCGCAUGAGCGAAGGUGCACUGACCGGGUUUCGUUUCUUUUUUCCCACAUGUCGGGUGUGCGAAC